CAGCUUGGCCCUUAGUAGUAGCAGUAACAGCGCCCGCCAAGGGGGGAGAUAGGGAGGGACUGCAGCCAUUGGCACUUACCAACGCACCUUUGUCUCCCCUUUCCUGUCUCCCUAUUACCAAGUCCCCCUUUGUCGCAAAGGAGGAAACGGGAGAAGCGCCAUGCCGACCGCUGCCGUUGUGAGCACGAGGACCCGCCCUUAUCUGUCGUCGACGAGGAGGAGUGGCGGAGAGGCUGCGUCGACCUCUGCGACAGGCAGCGCAUCGGCGUCUUCCAGCAACGUCAUGACAGAGGCCGACCGAGCAUGCAUCUUUACCGGCCUGCGACCUGCCACGGCGAUACAGAUCGACCGAGAUGACGAUCCACAGACGCCCUCUUCCACGUUCAAGCGGUCCUUCGAGCAAGCUAUCUCGCCCAUAGGCUCGCCCAUAGGUCGCCAGGGCUCCUCGCUCGAUAUCUCCACUCCGUCUGCAGCGACCCCUUCGGCGUCGGGCGGCUCGUCUUCGUCGAUGAGGGCAACAACUGCCUCGUCCUCGAAUGCUUCAGGACUGAGCCUGCGUCCGUCGCACUCUAUCACUGCCAGCCCCUCAUCCUCGACGCGGCGGCGUGCACCCUGGAAGAGGAGGCGAUCUGGCGCACACCAGCAGCUCGAGAGCGAUGAGACGGACAGACGCUCGACCCAGGGGCCGUCAUCAACAGCAUCAUCAGGACCUCCUCGCCCUCCUCCUCAAUCACCGCCGGCGUUCAACUUCUCCAGAGCGUUCGACGAGUCUAUCUCGAACGUCAACCUCGACAACUUCGGUAGCUCCAUCCUCGCCAACGCCAUGCGCUACAUGGACCACACCAAUCCCAAUCACAGUCACGACCUCACCAGUGAGGAAAGGGGAGCAGUAACGGCGGGCCCUACUACGUUUCCGCCUGCCCAAGGCGGUCUUGACACACGGUGGGAGCCGGCCAGCGAGGCAGAUAUCGAGGUAGAUCGGCGCACAUUUCAGGCAUCUCAGAGUCGCGCAGAAUCAAUUGUCUCUUCUGUCGACUAUAACUACUAUCAUGAAUGCGCUGCGUUGGGUUUGUGCGAGGACGGAACCAACGCCGAUGAGCCACACAACCAACAACAACAGCAGCAGCAGCAGCAGCAACCAGAACAACAAGAGCAACAAGGAGCGCAACAGCAAAGCGAUGGAUCCAGGUUGUUUCGAUUUCGCCCUUUUGACGACUUGGUGACGACGUCGUCCUCAGCCCGCGACGUUCUCGAAGGAGAGGACGACGCCCGAGACGGCGAAAGUGAAAUCAACAUCGGUGAAUCCGCUGCCGGGGAAGAGGUUCGUCUCCCCAGAAGCACCACACGGUAUCUGCAGGAGUACUGGGAUUUGUCCUCGCAUGACUCGAGGUUGUCGUCGAACAACGUCAACAGCCGCAGAAGUCAUCCUCGCUUGCCCUCCAUCGACACGCGUCUAUCGCGUGCCUCGGCGUCAUCUCGCCCAUCAAGCUCCUUCUCCCUCCGGCAGCGCAACAAUGCCAACAACAUUAAUAGCAACAGCAACAACAGCGCCAGCGAGGUCAUCGACUUGACGUUGUCGCCCCCUCCGGAAGACGCUCUUUUGCGAACGCAAGCUUGGACGAGUCGAGGAUUGCGCAGCGAUGACGACAGCGCGAGCCUAGAGGACGCCGUUGGUCUCAUCCGUUUCGACUGGGAAAGCAGUCGUGACGAGCAGCCAGAGCACCUCCCCACUCGUUUGCCAGACCUUGGCGUCCCAAGGCCAGAAUCCUCGUUGUCGAUGUCUUCUCGCUACUCGGAUACGUCUAUUUCGGCAUCAGCUUCUGCUUCGGCGGUCGACUGGUCUCUCAACCGCAUCUCUGAGCGCGAAGAAGAGAGAUUGAGGAGCGUUCGCCGAGACUCACCAUCACUGGAAAACCUCGUGGUCGACAACAGCGACAAUUCGACGGUAGCAGCCGAAAUGCUCCCCUCCGCGCGUGAACAUCGUCAAAUGGCGCCUCGUUCGACCAUCAGUAGCGUUCGUCGGUGGGAGAGGAGCAUUCAGAGGAUCAGAGAUCAUGCUCAGACACCCAAUAUGUCUGCUUUCACUGAUCGAGACAUCAACGAUGACUCGUCAUGGCCAAACCUGCGGGCCACCGCCGACCAACUGGAUAGCCUCGUGGCCGAGUCGCGCAGGCUUCGAUGGGAAAACGUCGAAACAUUCGGUCAUCUUCGCUCGACCUCGAGGCGUUCUUCCUCAGCGCAUCGGAUGAGCAGCGCGUCCAGUCCGCUUGACAGCGAACAGCAUUCCUCUCCUCUCGCUCGAUCUUCACGGGAUCAUUCUCUGACUCUUGCGGGGGAACACCCGUCUUCCUCAGCUUUCAAUGGAUCCACGGACGCCUUCUCCUUUACGAGGCCGUCACACUUCCUCACUCCGAGACCCUCUUUGCGCUUGAGGACGUCGAGGAGCUCGAUGCAAGACCGUAACGCUCCAAGUCUGUCAUCUGACAACGGAAUGCCUGAGCAAUCACCGACGACGGAGCAGACGUCGAAUUCUACUCGUCGUUCACUCUUGUCGCACCGCCAUGUAAGACCCGGUCCUGAGCCUCGCCCCGAUGACGCUGCCGUGACGGGAACGAACAGGCUCCAUGUGCCUGAGCGAGGUGACACGAUACGGCAACGAAAUGCUCGUAGGCCUGCUGAGGAUUGGUUGAUGGAUAUCGAUGACCAGAUUGAGGACAUGGCACUUCGCCGUCGACGGCUUUUCCAUGGAGAAACUUCCUCUGAGGGGGAGCAUUCAAACGCGUUGACAGCAUGGAGGGCAUCGGACAGAGCUGCUGCCAGCGUCGAAGAGCAGCGACGGAUCAUGACGACGUAUCGAGCGAUGGAAUUUCCGGAUCCAGAGUCUACCGUUCCAGGUAACCCCAGUCGUCAUCCCCUUCGACCUCUUUUGGCUGGAGGACGAGGGAAUGAGGAGAGGAUCGAAGCGGCGCACCUGCGCGGAACAAAUAGCGGUACCGAUGACGACGUCCCCCAACUCCCUUCACUCCGGUCUCGUUCGCCGCUUAGCUUCUCCUUUGCCGAGGCAGACGGCCAUCACCGCCAACAACCCCACGAUCAUCAGCAGCGUGGGCCAGGUUCUUACCACAGAAGGCUGCAGGCGCUUCUUGCCUCGUCCGAUGCGAGUUCGUCUGCGGUCGCGUCCUCCUCUCAGCGAAAUCCUAUAUUACGGCCAUUUGUCCUCUCGUCUUACCUUAGCGGUGGCUCAGGCAGCAGUGAUGCUGGCAGUGGGGGUGCCAGCGUUACUCGGCGCACUCCAGCACCACCCUUUUCCACGUACACCAGACAGUCAAAUCUCGAAGAAGCGGAGGAUGAGCGAGGCGUCCGUUCUUCUGAGCUUAGACGAGGCCCCGGUGAGAGGACAGACGAGGGGAACGGCAACAACGAUGACAACUUGAUAGUGGAGAUGGAGAACGUCCGAAGAAGGAUUCUCGCCGUGACGGAUGUCGUCAAUGGGCUGGAAGGACUCGUGGGCGCACUGCCUCCGCCUCCUUCCUCCUUGCAUGCAACCAGCAGCGCCCGGCCGGCGUCGAGUGCUGCUCCUGCUGCUGCAGGCGAAUCAACACACCUCGACAAUGAGAGAAGAGCUCGCGGCGUGCCUCACUUUUGGAACAGCGACCGUCUCGAUGACGACACGCCGGGUGCACUCAGCAGUCAACUGUCGCGUCUGCAGAGGAUCCGAGAGCGAAGAGAGCGUGAAGAGCGGCGAAGCAGGGCGGUGUCGAUGGUAUCCAACGAAUCGCAGCCUGCUUCCUCGUCAGUUUCUGCCACGGCUACCGCGGGUGCUGAAGCAGACGGCGCAAUCGAAGACGGCCCUCCUCGUCUUCAUUUCAACCGUCCCCGAGAUGUCUUUUCCGACAUCUUUCUGCGCGCCACGGGCUCGUCGCGCUACGGAAGCGCAGCGGACAGCAUCGUAGAUGACCCCGCAAACUACCUGACGGAUGAACAAUUUGCUAUGCGGAACUCUUACGAGCACCUGAUGCGGCUGUCGAUGCAGCUAGGCGAAGCUCGUCCCAAGGGUGCACCAGCCGACGUAGUGGCCAAAUUUCCUACAUGCACUUACCGCGUAUGGCAGGGUGGUAGCUGCGCUGACCCGCUCGUUUUUGGUGUCAAGGGUGAGGGCGAGAAAGCUUGUUCGGAAGCUCUCUCCUCGUCCACUACUUUUCCCAGCGAUACCAGCCCCGCUAUUUCCGCCGAUCGCAAGGGAAAGAGACGCGCCGUGGACCCUCUCGACGCCGUGGCAACAGACGAUCUUCCGCUGCAGACUGUCGCUCGUCUUGCCGAGAGAGAAACAAGAUGUGCAGUGUGUCUUGAGACGUACGACGGCUUGGACAUGCUCAUGAGCCUGCCCUGCGAUCAUUCGUUCCACGAAAUUUGCAUUAAGUCCUGGCUUCAAGGAGCACGCACGUGCCCCUGUUGCCGACGAGACGUUUGCGAGCCCAAGUCAACAUGCAACAGAGGAGAAAUGCGCCUCUCGGGAGGGACUGGCAGGGAUAGGCCCAAUGAGGUCUACCUUUGAUCUGAGUUGUGCUUUCCUCUCCAUCUGUCUUUCGAAAGGUGUCUGCACUUUUUUUUUGAGUGUCAUUCUUGUCAUAGUGAACAGCAUCGAUAUCUCCCCAUCCAUCAUCCUGUCUUCAGCCAUCAUCCAUGAGCUCUUCUUCAUGAUCCAAUAGUAAUCUGUCAGACCUGAACCC